CAUUUCCGUCCAUCGAUUAAAAAGAAACGCGCAGAAAGGAGAAAAUCUAGAGAGAGAAGGGAGAAAGGGGAGAACACAUAUAUACAUACGUUUACCGGAGGUGACCGACCGUCGGAGCUGAAGAUGAAGAACAUAUUUAAGAAGCUACAUAUUGGUGGCAGCAAUCACGAACCUUCUAGUACUAAUUCUAAUCCUAAUCGAUCGAAUGAGACCAAUAAUACGACUAAUAUUACUGGUGCUCAUCGAUCGAAUGAGACUAGUAAUACUAGUAUUAACAAUACUAGUAUUACUAGUACAACGACGGGUAGUACUCCUACUCCGCCGUCGAUCGUUUCGAGUAUCUCCGAUCAUCAUCAUAAUCAGGAUUACUAUACUUCGGAAGAGGAGUAUCAAGUUCAAUUAGCCUUGGCGUUGAGUGUUUCCGGUCGGGAUUCUCCUGAUAUUCAACAGAUUCAUGCUCCUAUUCUGCGUGAUUCUCCUGCCGAUUUGCUCUCUCGCCAGUAUUGGGAUUAUGGUGUGCUUGACUAUGAGGAGAAAGUGGUGGACGGUUUCUAUGUUGUGUAUGGACUUGCGACAGAUUCAACCAAACAUAAUAAAAUGCCAUCCCUUGCAGAACUUCAGACAAGUAAUGAUAAUUCUGGGUUUGAGGUAGUAGUUGUUAACCAAAAGGUCGACCCUGUCCUGGAAGAGUUGAUGCAAAUAGCACGUUGUAUUGCUGACACUACAACUGCCGAGGUCGGCCUUUUAGUACAUAGGAUUGCUGAACUUGUUACUGAACAUAUGGGUGGCCCAGUACGGGAUGCCAAUACUAUUUUACAAAAAUGGACUGAAAGUAGUACAAAGUUGAGAACAUCUCUUCACACCAGUGUGUUGCCUGUGGGAUCAUUGAAGGUUGGUCUGUCACGUCAUCGUGCUUUGCUUUUUAAGGUACUAGCUGAUUAUGUUGGGAUAACUUGUAGACUUGUUAAGGGUAGUCAUUACACUGGCGUGGAAGAUGAUGCUAUCAACAUUAUAAAAUUGGAAGAUGAAAGCAGUGAGUUCUUGGUGGAUCUUAUGGGAGCCCCUGGGACGCUUAUACCAAUGGAUAUCUUUAGUACUAAGGAUACCUCUCUCAAGCCAUACAUUCCAAACUUGAGCAAAAUUCCCAAUCUUCCGAUAAAAAAUGACUCUAAAGAUGUUAGUUCUAGCUCAAGUGCUCAAUAUAAAACCAGUAGUGAAAGGGUUGCUGGUAACGGUUUACCUGUUGGUGGAAAAUCAGGCUUGGAUAAAACAGAUGUUCCUUCAGUGUCAAGAGCAAAUGGAGAUGCUGAAGCAGGUUCUUCUGUAUAUAAAAAGAAAGGGAGUAACAAUAAUCAGUUGGAUCAUAUCCCAUCUUUAGCAAUUGGAUCGUCUCUGUACAAAGGUGGUCGCGGGCUAAAUGCAGUUGGUGAUGGCUCGAGAAUGAAUGUUAAUGUAGUUCCAUAUGCCCAAACUGGCAAUGAUGAAGCUAAAAAUCUCUUUGCAGACUUAAACCCUUUUCAGAUUAAAGGACCUGGAAAAAUGUCGAUGCAAAAUAAACCCAAUGAAAACAAAGUAAAUGACUUUCAAAAGGUUACGAACAAUGUUGCUUCAGGUAGACCACCAGUACCACUAAAAUGGAAGAACACUUACGCUUACAAUGAUACCUCAAGGGAAAAGAGAUAUGGAGGUGCCUUCAGUAAAGAAAACCGUGAAGCUAAUAGCUACGAAGCGCCAUUUGCUUCAACAAGCUCUUCUGCAAAUGCAAAUUAUACCGACAAUACAAAGGUACAUGUUGAUAUGGGUUCUACCCCAACUGGAUAUGCUGAAAAAGAUUCCUCAACUGAAAGUUGCGUGCCCAAUCAAUUGUUGGAAACAUACAAUGUUCCAAGAACUAGCUACACGGAACAGGAUCAGUGGCGGAGUGAUGAUUUAGACACAGCGAAAGAGCAAUCAGAGAUGGUCUAUAACCAGAGUGAGAAUAGACUUGCGAAAUAUGAUUUGAACUUGAACAACCCUGAAAUUCCUAGUAAAGCAAUUGAUUUCAGUAGAACCAAGGUUGAGAUAGAUGAUGUAUGGGAGUGUGAAAUUCCAUGGGAAGAUCUGGUACUUGGUGACAGGAUUGGAUUAGGUUCAUACGGAGAAGUGUACCACGCAGAUUGGAAAGGCGUCGAAGUUGCUGUGAAGAAGUUCCUUGACCAGGAUUUUUCUGGCGCUGCUUUGGCCGAGUUUAAGAGAGAAGUCCGCAUAAUGCGUGGAUUACGACAUCCAAAUGUAGUUCUUUUUAUGGGUGCUGUGACUCGCCCACCCAAUCUUUCAAUCAUCACCGAGUAUCUCCCAAGAGGAAGCUUAUAUCGACUUAUUCAUCGUCCUCAUUCUCAAAUCGAUGAGAAGAGAAGAAUCAAAAUGGCUCUUGAUGUGGCAAAAGGUAUGCAUUGCUUGCAUGCCAGCAGACCAACUAUUGUUCACCGUGACCUGAAGUCUCCGAAUUUGCUGGUUGAUAAGAACUGGAAUGUCAAGGUCGGCGAUUUUGGUUUAUCACGUUUAAAGCAUAACACAUUUUUGUCAUCAAAAUCGACUGCUGGAACGCCCGAGUGGAUGGCACCUGAAGUCCUCCGCAACGAAAACUCAAAUGAAAAGUGUGAUGUAUAUAGUUUUGGUGUAAUACUAUGGGAGCUUGCAACUCUAAGAUUGCCUUGGAGCGGAAUGAACCCAAUGCAAGUUGUUGGUGCAGUAGGCUUCCAAAACCGUCGCCUGGAUAUCCCUGCUAAUCUUGAUCCUUUAGUUGCAAGAAUAAUCUGGGAAUGUUGGCAGACCGAUCCAAACUUGCGACCUUCAUUUGCACAGCUCGCAGUUACUCUAAAGCCACUGCAGCGGCUGGCCAUGCCUUCACAUGAUGGGCAGGAGAACUCGCUUUUGCAGCAAGAGAUCCCAGUGAAUUUCAUGCCUUAAACAUGUUUUCCUUGAUAUGCAUGACUGGACGUGUUGGUACCAUUGGUAUAUGGGCUCCAGAAGCGAGUAGAAUGUAUAUAAUAGAAAAAGAAGGCAUGCGUGUGCAGCAACAGUGCUAAGAUGUUUGAAGUUAAAUGUACAGUGAUCUCCAAUGUCCAUAAAAGGUUGAAGUGGACAAUUUUUGUUGUAUAUAUUGAUUCUUAGUUGAAUGCGUAGUUGACGUGUGGUUGAAUAGUAAAUAAGUUUCUUAAUCUAAUAAGUGAUAUUGUAUUAGUAAAAAUAUUAGUGAUCAUACGAGUCAAUUUAGAUUUCA